AUGGUUCGAAUUGCUGUAUUGGGCUGUGGAAAUAUGGGCUUAAGAAUUGCAGGCAAUUUUGCCUAUUUUGGUCACAUCGUAAAGAUUUUUGAUAGUGACUUGAAACAAUUGGAUACAGCAUGUGAGCGCAUACGUUACGAUGAAGAUCAAUUAUAUCGUGAUGGUCUUAUUGAAGUGCCAAAGUUUUUAGGUCAAAUAUUAUGUUUGAACCGACUUGAAGAUGCUGUGAAAGAUGUUGAAUUUAUUUUUGAAUGCAUUAUCGAAAAUCUAGAACUAAAACAAACAUUGCUUGAAAAAGCUGCUCAAUUUGCAUCAGCGAGUGUAAUCAUAUGCUCAAAUUCAAUGCGAUUAGAUUUAGACAAAAUGUCAGAAAAUUUACCUCAUAAAGAAAAUUUUGUCGGUGCACGUUUCCUUUUUCCAGUUUAUUAUGUGCCUGAAAUCGAACUGAACCCAACAAAAACAACAAGUACACAAACAAUCGCUACUUUGAGAACAUUACUUGAACCCAUGGAUAAGGUACUUUAUUUUCGUUCAUCGCCCGAUCCAUUAAUACUUGAUGAAGAGCAACGGGAAUCAAGACGAAAAGCUCGAAUUGAGUCAUUAAAAAAGAGCAGUGGAGUCAUGGUUGUUCGUGGUCGAACAUUACCAGGAUUGACAUCGUCGAAUCGAUUUAACCACAGUGGAAAUCGUAGUGAUUUAAUUGAAAGUGGAAACAAUAAUGCCAAUAAUUCAGUAGCAAAUGAAAAUGUUGAUUGUUCGAUUUGUAUGGAUCGGCCACGUAAUUCUGUUAUUCGUUCAUGUAAUCAUUUUGUAACCUGUUAUGAAUGUGCACGUUUAUUAUAUAAUCGGAAAGAUCCAUGUCCAGUUUGUCGUAAACGUAUUGACGAUGUUAUUCGUGUUUAUACGUGA